UACACGGAUGAGGGAUUAGCGAAUAUCUCAAGCGAAACGAGCCAGAGUUCGCACAGUUUCGUCCUGGAUUUGACUGCGAAAGGAUCGCUGUCUCGAGUGUAAAAUUAUUAAAAUAUUUACGAAUCGCUCGAUCUUUUCGAAUAUGGAGGAAACAACGAAAAUAUUGAAAUCGUGCGUCGUCGCUCAUCAGGGUGGCGUGCCACAGGAAAAUCUCGACGACGAGUUCUACAAAUUCACCGGAAAUUACAUUCCGUACCUGGCCCUCGGGUUCAAGAGCCUCUACGAGUUUUUGGGAUCCGUCAAAGACCUCGUGAAAAAACGUAAUUCAGAAAAUAAUUUAGUUUAUACGGUCUGCGAUCCGAAAAUUGCCCACAUCUCGAGCAUGGUCGAGAAGCAGAAAAAUCCGUGCUGCGCUCCCUACCGCGCCAAGAUUCAAACGAACAAAAGAAAAGUUCCGAGGGAAUUCAGGAGAGGACGUAAAGCCAACAAGCGACAAAAAAACGAGGGGAGAAAUCGAAUCGGCCAGUGGAACCCGAUUCGCGAUCGAUACCACUCCAGCGAAGAAGGGGAGCCCGAUCAGAUGAGCGGCUCGGACGAGUGGUUCGACGACGAAUACAAUCAUCCAGUUAGAAUAAUAGAAAGACCACAAAAGCUAGACGUCGUUCACGAGCCACUGGUAAAUGGCAAACAACUCAUUGGCGACGACUUUUUCUUGCAACUGGCAAUCCGAAACGUCGGUGCGACCGUGUACAGAAACGGACCGUGCACAGCUUUGAGCAGCGGCCUUUGCAAGUCCGGGCAAACCAUCAAAGAGUGCACUCGACGCUUGAAAAAAGUGGAAGUUUUGGCGAACAAACUCGUCGUCAUGUUGGGCGCUGAAGAUAUUUACAGAGGCCACUCGAGCGACGAAAUGAUCGAGGACAUGGAAGAACUUCUGCUGUGCCUCGAAAAUCGUCACGCUUUUUCAAAAUCAGCCAUCACUCUGUGCACCAUUCCUCCCCUUGCGAAUCUCCACGUUCUCGGGCAUAAAAAAAAACUGGAGAAUUUGAAAGACUUCAAUUCUUGGAUCAUAGAAAAAACUAAUGCUUUCUGUGAUACUCGUCGCUUUUCUGGUAUUCGAUAUAAUCUCGUGGAUUUUCACACCAAAAAUACCACUGUCCAUGGCUCAACCGAGUACGAAUUUUUCCAACUGGAUGCCAGAAUGGUGUCUGGAACGCCGCAGCCUUACGUUCUCUGGAGCCAUCGAGGUCGACGCCUGGCAAUGAAUUUGCUCCGCGCUGGAUCGUAAAAAAAUGUUUGUACUAAUUUCCAUGACUCCAUUGACGGUACAAGAUAAAUGAAACUUCAAUUACUAUUUUGUAAUAUACUUGUUGUAAAUCGUGUAGUUUUAAUGUAUCAUGGAUUAUUCGAAUCCGAACCGGGAGAAGUGUAAAUACGCGUUAGUUAAUCGUUGUUUUAAACGUUAAAUAGUUUUCGUCAAAUACUUCAAUAUUCUGUGUUUAUUUCUGUGUAUAUGAAAAGUACGGUUUAUUUCUGUUAGGUUAUCGCUAAUUAGUCUUUCCCAUUGCUAUUAUUUUAAGUUAAGUAUUUUAAGUACGAUUUCCCAUUGCAAUUGUUAAGCUAUCGUCAAAAUAAUUUUGGAUGUGCAUGUUUAGAAUUAACGUUAGUGCGUAAUUUGUAAGUAAUUUGCGAAUGAGAAUAUUGCUGGCCAAUUUUUUGUUAUUUGAAUUGGAGUCGAAAUCGAAUGAGGUUGUACAAAAUAAACGUUUUAUUUCGAUCGAAUAA